AAAAGAAAGCAGCUGUCAGACUCACGAGUAAGCGGAGACGACCGAGCUAUAGCUCCGCUCAGCCAAUGACAGGCCGCUCAGCUCCGCAUGAAUGAUGUGAUGCCAUCACUUCUUUCUUCCUCUUCCUCCUCGAUUUUCCAUCAUCUCCACCACCCUUAAUCGCAUCCACCACAACCUCAAUAUGAAUCCCAUCCCAUCAACCAUGUCCCGUCUCCCUCGAGCAAUCCUCUCCCCCGCCGUCGCCCGACCUUCUCUCCGCGUCGCCGCCCGCUUCGCAGCAGCACCCCGUUUCCUGCAGCAGCAGCAGCAGCAGCAGCAGCAGCACCCCCGUCAAAACUUCCACUCCACCCCAGUCCCUCGCAAAGGCAUCUUCCCCGACUCCGCGGAUCCCCCGGCCCCAAACCCCCAGUCCAACAAUGUCGCCGGCGCAGCCGCCCACGUCACCGAACCGUCCCCGUUGACGGACGGCCAGUACCACGAGUACGCGGAACAUUAUCUGAACGUGGUGCAGACCGAGAUUGAGAAUCUCCAGGAGACGGGAUCGGAUAUGGAGGCUGAGUAUAGUGCCGGCGUCAUGAACAUCAUCGUCCCCGGAGUAGGCACCUACGUGCUCAACAAGCAGCCCCCCAACAAGCAGAUCUGGCUGAGUUCGCCGAUUUCCGGCCCCAAGCGGUACGACUGGGUCGUGGAGGGGGAUCGCAUGUACGAGAAGCAGGAGUCGCGGCCGUUUGUGCACGGACAGUGGGUGUAUCUCCGGGAUGGGUCGAACUUGACGGAUCUGUUGAAUCAUGAGUUGACGUUGAACUUGCCGAAGGAUGUGUACAGUGAGGUUGAGUAACUCCUGUGCUGAGAUACGAGAUAUGGUGCAUACUUGUUGAGGAAGGAUUUGUAGGAUAUGAUUGUGUGCUAUUCAGUCUGGUAGAUAAUACACUUCGGCAGUAGUACUCGUAGGAGUACUUUGCGCAGAUAAGACAUGAC